UCAGUUUUUAGUUCCAGCAGACUCAGCUAGCAGAAGGAAAAGAUCUGGGGCUCAUUGCCAGAGAAACAUUUCUUAGUGUAAACAUUUGAAGGCAUCUUUAGAAUGCCCUUAUCAUAGGAAGCCCGAAGCUUUUGUACUCUGGAAGUUUUCAAGUCAGCAGCAGCUUGGCAGGCAACUCUGGCAAAGAGACUUUUUAAUGUGGAUUUUUAGUACAAAGAAAACUAAAACCAAGCUGACCAGAAAGACUGGAAUUUCAGCUCUCUCUCUCGCCCCCUCAUAGGAUUUUUCUCUCUCUCUUUCUACAAGCCCUUUAAAUCAGAGAUUACUGGGUCAGUGACUUUCAUUAUCCCUCUUAUACCAGUAUCCUCUUGUCUUCAAGCUCCUGAAGAAAUAUUGCUACCUGGAAAAUGGCAAGUUUUUAAGGGGAGCCGCUGUACAUCUAACUUUUAUUAAACCCAUGAAGAGAGUGUGAGAGAGACUUUAAUUGAAAUGCGUUUGCCUCCGACUAGGACUACACAUUAUAAAACAAACAAACUCAGUUUUUGCAGAUAUUUUUCAUGAAACUGUUAAUCCUCUAAUGAUGUAACGUGAAGAAAACCCUUCUAAGAAAAGGAAGAUACUUGAUUGAUUUGCGCUUAUUGGGACACAAAGGUAGAAAAAAGGAUUAGCAGACAUUUAAAGCAUGCUGAAAGCACAUCCAUCAUUUUUGUCACGAUUGAUCAACGAGUUUUAUUAAAGCCCAAGAAGACUUUGAAAGGCGCCCUUGUCCAAAUUUCAAUCACAAGGGCAUAUCUUAAUAGAAAACAUACAGUACGUUAUUGCCUGCGACUAAAGUUGUUCCCCUUGAUUAUAUGGUGAAACUCUGCUGGAGAACGAAGAGAAGACCUCUUUUGUUUAGGACUUUUACUAGUUGAAGGGAACUCGAUUUCCCUAAUAAUAUGAAGCCUUUUGAGAAUAGCAGUUUGUUUCCACUGCUCGCUGUUAUCCUGAGAUGCGUCUGCUCCUCCUUUAUCAGUGUCAACCUUGGAGUGAAAGUGAUGAAGGGCCAGUCUGUCUUCCUGUCAGAAGGUGACCUGCAGUUUUCCAUUCCCAGAGAGAAAGAUGCUUGCAAAGUGGAAGUUGUGAUUAAUGAGCCAAUAACACAGAGGGUUGGGAAACUAACUCCACAGGUAUUUGACUGUCAUUUCCUUCCUAAUGAAGUCAAGUAUACUCACAAUGGCUGUCCAAUUUUGGAUGAAGACAUGGUCAUGCUUAGGCUGUACAGAUUUACAGAAACGGAAACAUUCACAGAAAUGUUCAUCCUUCAAGUGCAAUUACUUGAGCCAGAUUGUAAUAUCAUCAAAAUGAACACCAAUGUGCUGGAGGUCCCUGAGUUUUAUGGCCUGUCCAGGGAGAUUGACAAGAAUGUGCUCACUUUUGACUAUGACAAGAAGACAAACCUGGACUGUACCAUCAGACUUGCCUCUUUAGAAACUCUUCUACCAGCCCAUGGUCAACUUGUCAUUGGAGAACCUCAGAAGGAAGAGCCUCGUGGAGAUCAACCUCAUAGCUUCUUCCCUAGAUCCAAGCACAGAACAAGUCAAAGGUGUGCGAGUGGGAACUGUGUUCCAGAACUGAAGGUGAUUCAGAACACCAAAAUGAGCUGUGAGGAAUUUUUGCUGAAGGGAAUUAGAUAUCAGCAUCUUGACCCUCCUUCUCCCAACAUUGAUUAUAUUCCUAUCAGGCUGGACCUCACAGACAGCAGAAGCAAAACUCUGCACAAGACAGAGCAUGCAUGGCUCCCUGUCCGCAUCAAAGGUGCCAUUCCUAACCAAAACCCCAGAGCUGCCUUCAUGGCUAUGUUCAUCCUGGAGGUGGACCAGUUUAUUUUGAGCCCCAUGACAACAACAACGGUGGAUGCUGAAGACAGUGAAACACCCAAAUCCCUGUUAGUGUUCAACAUUACCAAGCCACCCCCACAAGGCUACAUCACUCAUCUGUUAGACCAUACCAAGCCUAUCACCUCCUUCACGUGGAAAGAUCUCAGUGAGAUGCUUAUAGCAUAUCAGCCUCCAAACAAUAGCCAUACAGAGAGGAGGAAUUAUGAGUUGGAGUUAGAGGUUCAUGACUUCUACUUUGAAAGGAGUUCACCAAUCAGUGUGCAUAUUUCCAUCAGAACAACAGAUACAAAUGCUCCUCGGGUGUCAUGGAAUACAGGCCUCGAUCUCCUGGAAGGGCAGUCCCGACCAAUCACGUGGCAACAGUUUCAAAUAGUGGACAAUGACAACAUCCGGGGUGUUCGCUUGGUUACCGUUGACGGCUUACAGCAUGGACGGCUCACUGUAAGAGGAGAGAAAGGAUUCAUGUUCAUGGUCUCUGAUCUUAGGGCUGGAGUUGUUCGCUACCACCAUGAUGACAGUGACUCUACAAAGGAUUUUGUGGUAUUUAGGAUCUUUGAUGGCCACCACAGUAUUCGCCAUAAGUUUCCAAUCAAUAUCCUGCCUAAAGAUGACAGCCCCCCUUUCCUUAUCAGCAAUGUUGUAAUUGAACUGUAUGAAGGGCAGACCAUUCUGAUCCAGGGCUACAUGCUUCAAGCUUCUGACAUGGACUCCAGUGAUGACUACAUACUCUUUAAUGUUACUAAACCACCACAGGCUGGAGAAAUCAUGAAGAAACCAGGGCCGAACCUUAUAGGGUAUCCUGUCACUGGCUUCCUUCAGAGAGAUCUGUUUAAUGGACUAAUUUACUACCGUCACUUGGGAGGAGAAAUAUUUGAGGAUUCCCUUGAGUUUGUCCUGUGUGAUAGCCAUGACCCUCCCAAUCUCUCAGAGCCACAGGUGGUGAUAGUGCACAUUAUUCCUGUGGAUGAUCAGCUUCCAAAAGAAGCUUCUGGGGUUACCCGCCACCUCACUAUCGAGGAAACUAAGAUAGCUCUUCUAACUAAGAAACAUCUCCAUUUCAUAGACAUGGAAGCGCAAGAGAGGGAACUCAUCUACACAGUAACCACCUCCCCAUUUUUCUCUUCUACUCAUGGCCCCUCCGAUGCUGGGAAGUUGUUUAUGGUGGACAGCAUCCCCAAACUAGUCAAGGAUCUUUCUGCUCCAGCACUGAGAUCAUUCACUCAGCAUGCUGUGAACUACAUGAAAGUUGCCUAUAUGCCCCCUAUCCAGGACAUUGGGCCUGAGCCUCAUCAUGUCCAGUUUAUUUUUUCAGUCAGCAAUCAGCAUGGAGGCACUUUGUUUGGGAUCUGCUUUAAUAUUACAGUUCUUCCAGUGGACAAUCAAGCUCCAGAGGUAUUUACAAACAACUUGAAAGUGGAAGAAGGGGGACUAUGCACCAUUACAGGGAGCCAUAUUCUGAUGUCAGAUGUGGACACAAAACAGGAGACCCUCCACAUCUACCUUCAGAGGCAGCCGCUGCAUGGAAUGGUAGAACUGGAUGGAUUUCCCAUGACCGAAGGUGACAGGUUCACCUGCCAGGACCUGCAUAUGUUAAAAGUCAGGUAUCAGCAUGAUGGCUCUGAGACUCUGCAGGAUGACAUCCUCUUUGCAGCCACAGAUGGCAUUAAUUCUUUAGAGUUUGUCCUACAGAUCAAGGUGCUACCUGUAAAUGAUGAGCCACCUAUCAUGAAAGAUGGCCUCAUUCCCCUAAUACAAUGUCCAGAGGGUGAGGAAGUGGUCAUCACCUCAGAGUACAUUUGUGCCACUGACGCAGACAGUGAUGACAUGAAACUGACUUUUAUGCUGGCUCGACAGCCCCAUUAUGGGGUUAUGAGGAAAGCUGGUGUCGUUGUGGAUCUCUUCUCCCAAGCGGAUGUUGUCUCUGGAGUAGUGACCUACAAACAUACUAGUGGGGAGAUUGGCCUGACUCCUUGCUUUGACACCUUAACUUUGGUUAUCUCUGAUGGUGAAGCUGGUGUGGAUGUGAAUGACUGCUGUUAUGAUGGAAUUCUUCCUUCUCCAGUACCACUUCAUGAUUCCUUUCCAGUAUAUGACCUUAACAUCAGUGUAUUUCCAGUGGACAACCAGCCACCAUCCAUUUCAAUUGGUGCCAUGUUUGCUGUGGAUGAGGGUUUCUCAGCUGUCAUUACCACUAACAAUUUGUUUGCUACUGACCCCGACACCGCAGCAGAUGACUUAGAGUUUGUUUUGGUUUCUCCUCCCCAGUUUGGUUACAUUGAAAAUAUACUACCUUCCCCUGGGUUUGAGAAGAGCAACAUUGGUAUAAGUAUAGCUUCAUUUCAGCUGAUACACCUGAAAGCCUUGCAUAUAAAUUAUGUGCAGUCCAGGCAUAUGAGGACAGAACCAACUUCAGAUCAGUUUACGAUUUAUGUCACUGAUGGGAAGCAUCAUUCAGUGGAGACCCCAUUUUAUGUCCUGAUCAACCCAACGAAUGAUGAAGUCCCAGAAUUCAUAGCAAGGAACAUAACUGUGCAGGAGGGCCAAAUGAAAGAACUGGAUCCCUCUGUAAUCAGCGUCCUUGAUCUGGAUGUACCUCAAGAUCAUUUGAGGUUUACUGUUGUCCAGCAACCCCAACAUGGAUUCCUAAUUCAUGGAGUCUAUGGCAAUGAUGUUAUGAGUUACAAAAGAUUCAUUAACCGUCACCACAGUCAUGAACGUCCUGUGCAUGACUUUUCCAUGGAGCUUCUUAAGAAUGGAAUGAGGCUGGUGUACAUGCAUGAUGACUCCGAAAACCUCACUGAUGGUUUUACACUCCAGCUGUCAGAUGGGAAACAUAAAGUCCUCAGAACCAUUCUGGUAAAGGUCAUCCCAGUUAAUGAUGAGAAACCAAUGCUGAGCAAGAAGGAUGAGAUAGCGGUGAACAUGGGUGAAACCCGAAUAAUUUCUAGUGCUGUUCUGUCAGCCGAAGAUAAAGACACCCCCAGGGAGAGAAUUUACUAUUUAUUUGAAAGAAUUCCAGAAAACGGGCAGCUUCAGCUCAAGGUAGGUAGGGACUGGGUGACACUCCAAACUGAAAUGAAGUGCACUCAGGAGGAAAUAGAUAUGAACCUUGUGAGAUAUGUGCAUACAGGAGCUAUGGGGUCCAGGAACCAAGACAGCUUCACAUUUCAUCUGUGGGAUGGGGACAACAAAUCCCCAGCACUGGACUUCUACAUAACUAUCAAGGAUAUGGAAAAAGGGGACGUUGCUGUUUUCAUAAGACCAUUUACUGUAUCUAAGGGGGAUAGAGGUUUCUUGACAACUGAUGUUCUCCUUGCAAUUGAUGGGACUGACAAACCAGAAGAGCUCCUCUAUGUGAUAACCUCCCCACCUCAGUAUGGACAAAUAGAGUAUGUCAGCUAUCCUGGAGUCCCUAUUACAAGUUUCAGCCAAAUGGAUGUAGCAGGUCAAGCAGUCUGCUAUGUCCACAAUAGCAAGGCAGCUGCUCCCCGAGAUCAGUUCAGAUUUAUCAUCAGCAACGGACUGAAGACUAAACAUGGAACGUUCGAGAUCACGUUGGAGACAGUGGACCAAGCUUUGCCCAUAGUGUCUAGGAACAAGGGGUUAAGAUUAGUGGAAGGCACUAUGGCACUCCUUUCUCCUGACGUCCUGCAGCUUUCAGAUCCCGACACUCCCUCAGAGCACCUUACUUUCCUCUUGGCACAGCUCCCUCAAUAUGGCCAUCUGUUCUACCGUGGGGCUGUGCUGCUGCAUCACAAUUUCACCCAACAAGAUGUGGACAACAUGGACAUGGCAUAUAGACACGGAGGAGGGGCUUCCCAGAUUGACAGAUUUACCUUUGUUGCAACAGAUAGGACUAAUUACGGCUUCAUCAUAGAUGGGAAGGUGCAAAUGGAGCCUGUGGCAUUCACCAUUCAGGUGGACCAUUUGGACAAAACUGCACCAAAAAUUGUUCACCUCCGUUGUUCUUCAGAUGUGGAGCUCCUGAAAAAUGGCAAUUAUGGGAUUUACAUUACUGCCAGGUCCUUGAAGGCAUAUGACCCCGAUACAGAAGAGGAUCAAGUCAUUUUUAAGAUUUUACGAGGUCCACGUUAUGGCUACCUGGAAAAUAUAACAACAGGUAGAUUUAUCCAGGAAGGAUUCAGCCAAAAGGAUUUAAAUGGCAAAAUCAUACUUUAUGUCAUCAAUCCAUCCUGGGAGGUGAAUUCAGACAGCUUGGAGUUUCAAGUCACAGAUCCCACCGGAAACUCUGCUGCCCCCCAAACUCUGGAACUGAGGUGGUCUCAAAUUGAAAUGCAACAGGCUGAGUACGAAGUAUGUGAGAAUGUGGGAAUGUUGUCUUUGAAAAUCACCAGAUCGGGGCACUCCAUAGAUUCUGCCUUUAUUGCAGUGAAGGUUAAUGAAGUGUCUGCUACAUUGGGAAAGGAUUUUACUGUGACUCGCUCUAAGCUCAUUCAGUUUGAUCCAGGAAUGUCAACCAAGACGUGGAAUAUAGCAAUUACUUAUGACGGAUUAGAGGAAGAUGAUGAGGUCUUUGAAGUAGUUCUGAACUCCCCUGUGAAUGCAAUUCUUGGCACCAGGACAAAAGCUGUAGUGAAAAUUCUGGAUUCAAAAGGAGGUCAAUGCAGCUCUUUCCGUUCCUCUGGCCAAAACAAGCACAACUUAUGGGGGACAGGCGCACUGAUUCCAGUUUCCUCAGGGUCCUCAUCGCCCUCCAAUCCUGGCACUGUUCACUUGGAAGGAAUUCCGCUAUCCUCUUCCAAAGUGAUGAUGGUGGAUAGAGGGGAUGUGUUACAGGAAUUCAACUUGGUGAAUCUGUCACGGAUGAGGCUUAGAGCUGUCAGAAAUGGCAAAAUAGUUCAUCCUUCAUCUGUGUUAAGAAAUGGAACCAAUGUGGCUUUUAAAUAUCAUGGAUUGGUGUCUCUCAGAGUAGAGGAUGACACCUCAUCAGCUAAUGCAAACAAGGCUAACAAGUCAAUAAUUAACCAAGGGCAGACAAAGAUAAAGGUGUUAUCCUCCAGGAAGACAGAAGUCCCACAAACUGAUAAGGCAGAGCUGAUGUCUGAAUCACACUCUAGCCAACAGGACCUGGUCCUCUCCUUUCCAAAGAGCUGCACACCUGAUUUAGACGGGCUCUUGCAUUUUGAAGAAGGCACCCAAAACUUAUUUCAAUGUGAUGGAAUUUCGUGGAAGUUACAGACUUCAGAAAGCAAGGAUGUUAGCAUGAAAAAAUGCCCAUCUGGAUGGAGCCAUCAUGGCAGCAGCUGCUAUUUCCUGAUCACAGACCGGAAAGUCACUUGGAAUACAGCUGCUCGGGCUUGCCGGGAACAAUACCUUGGAAGUUUAGCAAGUGUGGUCACUAAACAACACAUGCAGUGGCUGUGGGACUUCAGUGGAAGGAAGCCCUUUUGGAUAGGCUUUAAUGAUCAAGUUAAUCCUGGCCAUUGGGAGUGGAAUGGAGGAGAACCUGUCACCUUCACAAACUGGAGAAGAAGUCCAUCUCGCCUUUCAAAGCAAGGAAAGAAUUGUGUUUUGGUGCAGAGGCGAGGGAAAUGGCAAGCAAAAGACUGUAGGAAGGGUAAUCGGCACAACUAUGUCUGCUCAAGAAAGCUGUAAACAAAACUGACACUCAUACCCAUCUGGCCUUUCUUGUGCACAGAAUGUUUAACUUAUAUUUGCAGUAUUUUGAGGGUAUAAGUGUAGAAAAGAAACUUCAUUAUCAUCAGAGUUUAUUUUUAUACUCCUGCUGGGGUAUAUUAGAGUCAAAUCGAGUGAAUGCGGUAGCCCAGUGCUAAGCAUAGCAAGGAAGGGGUGGGAAAAUAGGUUCUCAUUAGAGAAAGCCUCAGUCUAGAUCCAGAAUUCAAGCACCACCAAGUUUCAGAAUGUUUGGUUCUUGGUUUUGGUUUGAGCUCAUUACAACAAUAAGGGCCACUUGCAAAAUUCAGAUCUGAAUCCAAUUUCAGUUUUCAAACACCCCCAAAGCAUUUGGAACUGUCAUUUGUUCUAAUGAGAUGCUCAAAUUUUGUUACACUGAAGACUAAAGCCUUAGGUCUUACACCUAAUAGCUAUGUAAAUUUAUUCAUUCAUUUUUAAACAAAAAUAAACUAACACAACAGUUAACUUGCAGGUUCCAUGAUUGGUGAAUGUAAAUUGUCUGUUGUUUGAAUUCAUCAGCAAUGAAACCUAAAGUUUUACAGUUCUGAUAGCUCUGUUUUCACUUGCAAUUAUAGGGAGAGAAGUGGUGGUGGAAGGGAUAAUGGGCUCAUCUGCAGAGUGAGCUCUGUUGCUGACAUUGGGUUGCUCUUAGGGAUGCUAGUGCUUCUAUCAUUGCUGUCCUAGCAUGGUACCUGAUCCAGAACUCACAGGAGUCCAUGGGAAGAAUCUAAGCGGGAGUUGGCUUAGGCCCACAGUGCAGGAGCGCCAUGGGGAAGGAAGUCUGCUUUUGUCUUCUCCUCACCUUUCCCACCUGCACAAGUCCAGCCACAAUCCGAUCCAAAGACUUUGGAUCCUAAUUGGAUGUGACCACCUGGACCCGAUUGCAAGUACAAUCCUUAGGGAUUUGACACCUUUUUAAAAAUUUAAGUUUAUUUCUGAGGGAGUUUUUAAAAACUCAGAAUUUAAUUGGAACAAAACUGAUAGAAAAAUAACUUCUUAAUGUAGUGUACAGAGUUGCUGUGUCUAAUGAAUCUCUCAGGGUAACCUUUUUGCCUCAAUACUUAACCAAAUGACAUCAGAGGUGAGCAAUACUGCAGCACAAUGAAAGUGUAAGUCGCUCAAGUUGGAAGGCCUACACAAGACCUUCCGCACCAUUUAAGCUCCCCAGUAUGGCUGUGUGGAGGGAAGGGGAAUGGAUGGAGUGGCCUCACAGAGGGCAUCAACACCCCCAGAACUCUGCAGAGGGGUCUCUGUGCCAGUUUGGAAUAGGCCAACAUGGAUGGGGCUGUUGGGGCCAGGCGAAAGCAGGCCAUGCAUGACCAAAUCUAAUCACCUAACACCACCUUGGGGGAACAGAGGGGUAACUGUACAGAUGGCAGUAACUGUGCAGAAGACAGUGCAGCAGCUUUGCUACCUUUUCUGUGGUUUCGUAUGUGUUCCUGUGUGUAACUUCCAUCACCCAUCCCACUUAGUUCCCUCUGCAAAUCUUGAGGCUUUGUGCUGGGAGAGUUGGAUUUCAGAAUAAAUGUACAUGAGAGGAAAAAUAUCAUGGGCCAAAUCCUGCCAUCUUUAUAAAGGCAAAACCCCCAAUGAUCUCAAAAGGAGUUGUGCUUGAGCAAGAGUAGGGAAGGAUUUAGCCCUCUAUGUAUGUCACACUCUCAUUUGAACCAGCCUUAAAGUAAUUGAAGAGGAUUUAAGAUAGCUCCAUCAACAACAAUGCAAAUUGUGUAUGCUUAAUAGCCUCGCUAAUUUUUUUUCUAUACAAUAAUACAGCUAAAAAUCUUGUUUCCAAGGUAUUGUGAAUGUUUAGCUAUAAGAAGCAUUUACAUAAUUUCAUAUCUGAAUUCUCUUUGGGCUUUCCUUAAAUUCAAGGAUAGAAUCUGAACAGCUUUUGUAUUUCUGGCAAGGAUGCUGAAAUUCAAAGAAUGUAAUGAAUCCAAACCAGGUCAAUGAGAGCACUGGAUGGCUCAAGGGAUUGUUAGUGAGAGGGAUAUAGAAUGCUUCCAUCUAAGUCACUGGUUUGAAUACAUUUCCAUGUCAGUAGUGACAGAAAGUCACCAUCUCAGGGAUGUUAAAUGAACUAUGGGCCUGAUCCAAAGCCCACUGAAGUCACUGCAAUUGUUUUCAUUGACCUCAGUGGCUUGUGGAUUUGACUCUGUUAAAGAUUAUGAUGGGGGGGGUUGGUCAGGUCUCAGAGGACAAACUUUGCUAUUAGAAGUUCUGAGAGUCCAACAGAAGGUCAAGAACUGAAUGGGCAUGGAGAAUGAACUUAUACACUCACUUACUGAUGUAGUCCCUCCAGGCUGCACUUAUUCUGUGAAUAAACAGAGGACUUGAUUCACCAGGACUGUCCACCCAGCACCUUUCACAAGUAUAAAAAAUGUGCAAAAAAGUUCAGUGAAAAAAAAUCUAAUGUAUUCCUCAAGCAAGAGACUAUUUUUUAAAUUUGUAUUAAUAAAUGUAUAAUUAACUUUAUACAGAUCAAAUUUGCCUUUUUUAAAACUAAUUUGGAACCAGAAAUCCAUAAGAGACUGUUCCAAUUCCCUGCAGUGGGUACUGCAAUUGAGAAGUUUAUUUACAUUUUGAUUUGUGUUCAUUCUUUCUAAAUAUUAGAGAGAAUUAUGUAUAUAGUUCUAUCAACACUGUAGUUCUACCUUAUUUAAAUCACUAGAUUGGUGCUAAUCUAAUAUUUGUACCAAAAAUAGCAUGUUACAUGCACUAUAUUUACUGUUAUGCCUAAAUAUGUACUGUAUACUAAUAAAAAUAAAUCCUAUAUGAUA